AGGGUCAAAUAUGGCGGGUCGGCGUAAAUAAUCAGGAGAUAUGUGCGCAGAAUCAAACGUUAGACUGUAUUUUAUCCAUUUCUAGAAAAUAUUCGUGUAAAAUAAUAUAUAGAGCAUAAGACUACACUAUACCAUAAGUCAGUAAACAUGUAUGUAAUAUCUCACUCUCACAGAUACGUAGUCAUAAAUAUAUAAGAGCGUUAGGUCCUCACUCAGAAAUCAUUAAUUGAUUGGCUUGCAGGAAGAUCGCACAUAGUCUUUAUCUCAGUCUUUGUAUCCGAAUUCCUUUGAAAUAAUUAUCUCAUUUUAUUGAAUUAUAUAUCAGUGUAGAAAAUAGUGUGCAAUACGUGUUAAGAAUAUUACUUUUGGAAUUACAAUCAUAAUUAUUACAUUACAGUGCAACGAUUUCGAAGGAAAGAAAACGUUUAGAGAAUUAUAUUCUUUUUUUUCAUAGUGAAUGUAAAAGAAGUGGUAGUUGUUUUAAUUAAUUAUAUAGAUAAUUAUGAUUAUCUGAAUCUGGUUAUUUAACCGAAGGCAUUCAUAUUCAACAAGUAUUUUAUCUUGAAGCUCCAUUGCAGCAUCAACCGAUUAAGAAAGGGAACUUUCCGUAAAACGGGAAAAAAAGAAGUUCUUCGGGAAAGUUAAUUAAGAAAACGAGCCUUAUCAGUGGUAAUAUUGGUUUAUCAUUGGAAUAAUAAGCGUACAGUAUAUUUUAAACAUGUCUUCUAUUAAUCUCGAUGCAAUUCACAUUUACAAAGACGAGAUCCAAGAAUAUGAUAUUUUAAAAGAUAUUAUUACCACUUAUAACCAAGAAGAUGCAUUUUAUGUAUUAGAUCUCGGUAUUAUAAUGAAAAAGCAUCAAGAUUGGAUUAAAAAAAUGCCAAGAAUUGUACCGUACUAUGCUGUAAAAUGUAAUCCUAAUCCAAUGGUGAUUAAGCUUUUGGCAGAUAUGAACGCGUGUUUCGAUUGCGCAUCGAAGCAAGAAAUUCAAGAAGUUAUGCAGUUGGGUAUAUCGCCGGAUAGAAUAAUCUUUGCUAAUCCCACAAAAUGUCCGUCUCAUAUAAUAUUUGCUAAAAACAAAGGUGUUAAAAAAGUGGUAAUAGAUAACGAAUUAGAACUCUUUAAAAUUAAACAAUAUUUUCCCGAAGCAAAAAUAAUUAUUCGCUUCCGGUGCGAUAGUAAUUCCGAUUCCAUUAAAUACGUCAAACUUGGAAUCAAAUUUGGAUGUAAUCCAGAUGAUGAUGCAAAAGAAUUAAUUAAACUUACAAAGAAUCAAGGUUUAGUUUUACAUGGAUUUAGUUUUCACGUUGGUAGUCCAUGUAAAGAAUACAAUGCGUAUAAACGCGGAAUUGAAAUAUGUAAGGAAUUGAUUACUUUUGCUAAAUCGACAGGAUGCGAAGAUAUCAAGUUAAUUGAUAUUGGAGGGGGUUUUCCUGGAGAAAGUGGAUAUCAAAUCGAUGAGGUUUCAUAUAUAAUUAAUGAUGCGAUCAAAGAAAUAGAUCCUACUAUAAAAAUUAUAAGCGAACCAGGUAGAUAUUAUGUAACAUCUGCAGGCACUUUGGUUAGCUACUUACAUUCUAAAAGAACUAUAUUUGACGGAAAUAAUUUAAGACAGAUGUGUUAUGUUAACUGCGGAGUUUAUAGUGGGUUUAUAGAAGAAUUGUUGAAUUUGAAUUCACGUCAACCGAUCUCUCUGUACAAUCCUGUUUCUGAUAAAGAAUAUCUUUCUACGAUUUGGGGACCGACUUGUGAUUCCUGUGACUGUAUCAUCAAAGAUGUAUUAUUACCAGAAUUUUAUAUAGGAGAUUGGCUUGUUUGGAAGGAUAUGGGUGCAUAUGCAGCUUCUAGAGUUUGUGAAUUUAAUGGGUUUUCGAAACCGAUAGUUUACCCAUUUUUUAAAGAAAGUCAAUGGAAAGAUUUUCGUGCUAGUACAAAACAAUUGAAUUCGUGCCAAUACAGAAAAUAUAAUAGAAUGUUCCUUGUAUUAGUAAUACUUAUAUGUUUACUAUAUUUAAUAUUUUAACAUUUGCAUAUACAAAUUUUAAUUUAUUCGACUAUAUUAGACACUUGGAUUAAGCUAUUUAUUAUAUUAUAUCGUUCAUUCGAAUGGACUGUAUUGUAUUAUAAAGAUAAGUGUGAUUCUUCAAAAAAUAUUUUUAACUAUUUUCUCCUUUUUUUCUAUUUUUAAUAUAGACUCUUUUCUUAUGAACUAUUAUCUGUUGGAAUGUAAUUAUCUCGCGUACAGUGAUGUAGAUACAUAGUUUCUGUCUCAGUCUCUGUAUCUGAAUUCUGUUACAAUAAUUAUCUUGUUUCUUUGAAUUAUAUAUCAGUCUAGGCUAUAACGCGCGAUACGCGAUUAAAAAUAUUUUGUUUGGAAUCACAAUUAUAAUUAUUAUAUUGCAGUGUGACGAUUUUGUAGGAAAGGAAACUAUAUUCUUCUUAGAAAAUUAUAUUGUUUCUUUAUAGCGAAUGUAAAAGGAAUGAUAAUCCGUUUAAUUA